AGCAUAGCUCUCUCCUUUCUUCUCACUUCUCACGCGGCCGCCGCCAUCACUCGAGAGGCAGAGAGGAAGAGAAGGGGAAGAAGAAGAAGAAGAAGAAGCAUAUCAAGCGCUCUUCUUCUCUUGAAUCCGCGCCUCAAAAGUUUUCCUUCUCGCCGGCUGAUUGGAGUUCCGUUGCUGCUAACUCUAGGUGGGUUUAUUACGCGUCAAGUUCCUCUGCCGCUGCCUUCUCUCGCGGCCUCUCGAAUUUCGUUCGACCUUCCAUCGAUAGGGUUUAACUUUCGCUGUGUAAUUUCUCUGAUGGGUGUGGAAGUAGCUACUAACUACGCCAAAAUGGAAGAAGAUAUUAGUCUCACUGAUUCCCAGCUGGUUUAUAGCUUUAGGCUUGCCCUCAAGUCUGUUUCUUCGGGUGAUACUGAGAGCUACAGAAGACUUGUAGAUGUCAUGAAUCCUUCUGGGCGUCUUGCCCCUGAUGAGGCGGCCCUUCUUUUGACAAGUACUAAGGCACUAUCUGGGGCAGUAGCUGACAUUGAUGAUCUUCACCAUGAGAAACUUCUUAAAGCUAUAUUUAACCUGUCCCUGUGGAACUUUGGGCCUGAUGUGAUCGAUGCAUUGCUCGAGCUAAUUGUAUCGUUGGCUGCUUCAAAUGGAAAACAUGUUGAUUCAUGCUUGGAUAUGCUCGUAAGCAAUUUCACCCCUCCAAAUAAAGUGUUAGAUAUGCUAAAGCAACCACGUGGUCUGGAGAAAAAAGAAAGAGUUCUUCCCCGUGUUCAUGCCGCUCUGAAAAAUAUCUCUGAGUUGGUUCCCAUGGCAGCAUCAAGGCUAUCAUCAAUUGUCUUGGAACAGAUGCCUUGGAAAUCUAAACGAAAUGUGGACCAAUGGUCUAUGAAGCGUCAACUUAUCUAUGUCGAGAACAUGUUCAAGUUGGAGAGUGGUGCAAUUAGGGAAUUUGUUGGUGCCAAUAUGCUGAAGGAUGUGAUGAAUGUACUGAGAGAUUUGGAUGUGGCAAUUGGCUGGGAUGACAUUUUGCAUGAUGAUUCUAGCAAAGGUGUAUUUAUGAUUGAGCUGGAAGAUGAGAACUAUGCUGAUGGUGAUGAAGAUGCAGAUGCAGAUGGCAAGCUUCCGAGCACGUUAAGUGAGAAGAGUUUGUCCAAGAAUCUCACGGCUGAAUUGCUUGAUAGCUUAAUGGUGCAAACUUUUGAGCAUUUGGAGUCCUCUGUUUCGAAUAAGCGUUUGAGUGAGGUCUUCGAUACUCUCCUAAGUUCAUUUAAAGAUACUGUUUUAAACACAUACAAGUCUAAGUUCACACAGUUUGUAAUGUUCUAUGCCUGUGCCCUGGAUCCUGAACACUGUGGCACAGAAUUUGCUAGUGAGCUGAUUGAUAUGUUUGUUGGUGGUCAUAAUCCUCUUACCAGCAGGAUGAGUGCUGUAGCAUAUCUUGCUAGCUUCUUAGCUCGUGGGAAGUUUCUUCCUCCUGCAUUUGUUGCUAGCUAUUUGGGAAGGCUGGUGGACUGGUGCUGGCAAUAUUGUGUGAUGCAUGAUGGUGAUAUGAACCCCAAGCUCCAUCAAGUUUUCUAUUCUGGAUGCCAAGCAAUGAUGUACAUUUUGUGCUUCCGUAUGCGGUUGAUGGUGGAAAUCCCUUUGCUCAAAUCGCAACUCUUUUGCAUGCCUAUAGACAAAAUCUUCAAACAUAAACUCGAUCCUCUGAAGGUUUGUUUGCCAUCAAUUGUUGAAGAGUUCCUUAAACAGGCAAAAGCUGCCCGUCUAUUCACCUCGUCCAAAACAUUCGUUUUCGAGGAUCUACUAGUGUCAAAUCUAUCUAGAGACUUUGGAGGGUUGGAGCGGCUCGACAUGUUCUUCCCAUUUGACCCAUGUCUUCUGAAAAAUGCUGACAGCUUCAUAAGGCCGAACUAUGUGUACUGGAAGUACGUCAGAACCACAUACCAUGAAGAUAUUGAUGACGAUGACGAGGAAGAUGGUAGUGACGGGGAAGUUGAGGGUGCUGCGGAGUUUGAUGAUGACAUGGAAGAAGUGAUAAUAUCAAGGAGUUAUGGUGAUAAUGAUCUUGAAAUGGACGAAUUUGAUUAUGCGAUGAACAAAAUGUCCAUCACCCCCAGGAAUAACAGCAGCGCAGGACUGAGAAUGCCUUCAAGAAUCAGGCCGUCCAUGAGUCCAGAAUCCUUGUGAAAUUUAAGACACCAAUGCUUGCUUACGGCCCCCCAUAUAUGUGUGUUUGCUAUCAUCCUGGUGCUGCUGAAGCUCUGGUCUUUUCUUACUGCAGCUGUUGUAGAGAUCGGGGCUUGGCCGACAGACAGUGAGAAUUGAGGGAUCCAGAUUAGGGCUAUAUUUUUUGUACGUGUAAUGUGAGUGAGUCUGCUUCUGGGUUGUACAUGUAACCAUCAUCAUACGUUACUUAAAAAACAAUCUGUCGAUGUGUCUCAUCAAAUGAUUAUGACUGAAGAAUCACAAAAAUAGUUAGAUUCUGUUUGGUUUGAUGGGGUUUUUUUGUUUUAAUUUUUCCUGUCAUCUUCCUCUGAAACCAACUCGUUUUGCUCGUCCUUGAUCGUUAGAUGUGUGAUUUGUCAAUUGUAGAAUGUAUUAUCUUUAUCUCGCAUGCACGACAUGUUUGUCACUAAUUCUAUGAUUGAUAAGUGUAUAAUAAUAUUGCAUAUUCAUUGG